GUGACGAGAACGAUUUUUCUCGAUUGUUUUGGAAGAAUGAGAGAUUUUGUUGCAGCUAAUAGGGGCAAUAUGUGAUUAUCUGUUUGCAGAUGUGGCCAUCUUUGAUCGGCCAAGCCAAAGCCGGUGGCAUUGAUGUGAUUCAGACGUAUGUAUUUUGGAAGCUCCAUGAACCUCAACCCGGUCAGUAUGAUUUCAGUGGAAGGAAAGACAUUGUAAGAUUCAUAAAAGAAGUUCAAGCACAGGGGCUCUACUUGAGUCUCAGAAUUGGACCUUUCAUUCAGAGUGAAUGGAGUUAUGGAGGGCUGCCAUUCUGGUUGCAUGACAUUCCUGGCAUUGUUUAUCGUACCAACAACGAACCCUUCAAGGUUCAUAUGCAAAAUUUUACCACAAAGAUAGUGAGGAUGAUGCAAUCAGAGAACUUAUACUCUUCGCAAGGUGGCCCAAUCAUACUAUCGCAGAUAGAGAAUGAGUACGGGACAGUGGAAGGUGCAUUUAAAGAAGAAGGACCAGCCUAUGUCAAAUGGGCCGCAGCUAUGGCUGUGGGACUUCAAACUGGGGUGCCUUGGAUGAUGUGCAAACAAGAUGAUGCCCCUGAUCCUGUGAUUAAUACAUGUAACAGUAGGAGAUGCGGGGAGUUAUUUAAGGGGCCUAACUCACCUAAUAAGCCAUCAAUAUGGACGGAGAACUGGACAGCUCGCUAUCAAGUAUAUGGCGAGGAAAUACAAACAAGGGACGCUGAGGACAUUGCAUUUCAAGUUGCACUAUUCAUUGCAAGGAAUGGAAGCUUCGUAAAUUAUUAUAUGUAUCAUGGCGGAACCAAUUUCGGAAGGGUGGCCUCCGCAUAUGUGCCAACUAGUUACUAUGACCAAGCUCCUAUUGAUGAGUAUGGCUUGAUUAGGCAACCAAAGUGGGGUCAUUUGAAGGAGUUGCACGCAGCAAUAAAGCUAUGCUCAAAGCCUUUACUUUCUGGAGUACCAGUUACUUCCUCAUUAGGUCCACAACAAGAAGCCUAUGUCUUUAGUGGCAACUCAGGAGGGUGUGCGGCCUUUCUUGUGAACAAUGAUAAAGGAAUUACAGUGCAAUUUCGUGGUUCUUCAUAUGAAUUGCCUCCAAAAUCAAUUAGUAUUUUACCUGAUUGCAAAAGUGUAGCCUUCAAUACAGCCAAGGUAAAUGUCCAGUAUAGCACAAGAACGAUGGUCACGCGCAUGAAAUUUGAUGCCGUGGAUAGGUGGGCAGAACUCAAAGAAGAUGUUCCUUACUUUGAUGAUACCUCGUUAAGAACAAAUGUGUUGUUAGAGCAAAUGAAUGCUACAAAAGACACAUCUGAUUACCUUUGGUACACUUUCAAAAUUCAGCAUGAAACUUUUGGUGAUCGGGCCGUACUUAACGUGAGCUCUACUGGGCAUGCUCUGCAUGCAUUUGUAAAUGGAGUGUUAGUAGGGUCUGCACAUGGAAGCUUUAAUACACCAAGAUUUACUCUUGAAAGUACAGUUUCUUUGAUCAGUGGGAUUAACUAUGUCUCCCUGCUGAGUGUGAUGGUUGGAUUGCCGGAUUCAGGAGCAUUUCUAGAGCAUAGAAAUACUGGACUGCGUGGGGUGAGGAUUCAUGGUAUAAAUGGGCUGAAGGAUUUCGCCAAUUACUCAUGGGGUUAUCAGGUAGGAAUGCUGGGAGAGAAUUUAAAAAUUUACACCAACCAAGAACCAAGUCCAGUCCAUUGGAGCAAUUUUUCCUCUUCUCCUAGUCCCCUCACGUGGUACAAGUCUCUAUUUGAUGCGCCUGCUGGGGAUGAUCCUAUUGCCUUAGAUCUUGGUUCCAUGGGAAAAGGCGAAGCUUUCGUUAAUGGAGAAAGCAUUGGCAGAUAUUGGGUCUCCUUUCAUAAGCCUAGUGGGUUUCCUUCACAGCAAUGGUACCACGUACCUCGUUCGUUCCUUAAACCCGUUGGGAACCUUUUAGUUAUACUAGAAGAAGAGGGUGGAUCCCCUCUUGGAAUUUCCAUAGCUACGAUAUCCAUCACAAGUGUUUGUGGGCAUGUAACGUCCUCUCAUAUGGCCCCAGUUUCUUCAUGGUUAGUAUACAACCAAAGUGCAGCAAACCAUGGCAGAAGACCUAAAGUUCAGCUGAAUUGCCCUCCAACAACCACCAUUUCCAACGUCUCGUUUGCAAGCUAUGGAAACCCAUCUGGUUCUUGUAAUGGAACAACCUACACCAUUGGAAGCUGCCACUCAACUAACUCCAAAGAGAUCGUCGAAAAGGCUUGUCUAGGGAAGAGGGGAUGUUCCAUUGCCUUAUCAAAACAGAGUUUUGGUGGUGACCCAUGUCCAGGAAUCCCUAAAGCUUUGUUGGUAGAUGCACAAUGCACUUGAAGCUAGCAAACUAACGAAAAUGAUAAAGAUCUCAACAGUUGAUAUCUCAGUUAUCCCAACAACUGAAUUGGACGCAUGAGAUCUAAGUGAAAUACCAUUUGUUGGGAUCCGUAUCAUAACCGGCAACCUAAUACUUGCACAUUCUAGUUUCCAUGCAAUUAAUUGAUCCCUUCUUGCCAAUAACGAUUCAUCGAGUCAUUAACCCUUUAAUUCAUUUGGAAAAUUUUGUUUGAAACUAGUUUAGGCAUUUUUCUAGUUACUAGCUGAUUCACAGUGUUAAGUGUAAAAAUGCCAAUAUUGGCUUCAACUUAUCUGUAAUGUUUCAUUAACAGUGUUAUUACAUAUGGAUCCAAGACAAGAUUUCAAAUCAGGAACAGAUUUGAUUAAUUGA